AAGCUGCUGGAAAGGCCACAUAAAUAGCCAACAUUUGUCUUUAUAAAUAUCAAUGAAUGAAACUCUGCUGCAUUCCUAAAAGGUAGAUAAGUAUGUCAACCGAUUUUAGAGAUAGGGAAAUUAGCAUGAAUCAUCAUAGCUCUGUUGAUGUCAGUGCUAGAUUACAUCAAAAAAGGGUUUAGCCCCUGAAAGAUUAAGUGUCUGGUCCAAAGUCAUCCAGACAGCCACAGUCUAAUGAUCUCCUAAACACCUAUAUGCCAUGCUGCAGAUGUGCUCAGAUGCUGUCCCCAUUAGACCAUGCUGUUUUCUCCUACAUCAAUGUAUCUUUAAAAUGUAUACACCAGAUCCUGUGCAAUGGUGAAUACCCCUAAAUCCUGCUGGCUUUAUGGGAAGUUGCCAGAGAUCCACCUUCUCUCAAGAUCACUGUGGUUCACUUUCAUAGGUUGAAAAACAUAGGCAUCAGUCAUUGGCAGACCUAGAAUAAGAAAGCAACUCAUAAAGAGCAGAGAGCUGACCACAGCAAUGAGCAAGUGACUGAAGGGCACGAUGAAUCCCAUUGUUCACAGCAGGCAGAAAGUAUUCACACAGGAAACUGACUUCAGUAGAUUUGCUCCAUUGAGCAAAGGGUUCAAAGCAAAGUUCUUAAUUAGACCAGAUUGCCAUGUUCUCUGAUUUCAUAAGUAGAAUUGCUGGUCCCACUUCCCAAUAUAAGGUUAUUACCAGUGUCAUUGACAAACCAGGCCAUUGAUUUAAUACUACUUUCAACUUACAUAACCCCAUCCACCUGAGGCUUUCAAAGCACCCUACACAAGGAGUUGAUGUUAUCCCCACUUUAGAGAUUGGCAAACUGAGGUACAGAGAAGUUAACCCAGUGGCAUUGUCAGGAUUAGAAAUCAGUUUCCCUAACUCCCCAUGCCCCAUUCUAGUCACCAGACCCCGUUAGGUUGUUGUAUCUUUAACUCCUUACCUUGUCCACUGAGAAAAGCUUUAAGUUCCUUAUGACAUCAUAGUACCUAUUCUGAAAAAAGCCCACAGCUGGUGAGAUCACCAGCUUACAACUACUCUGGCACUCAGGACUACAGUGUGGCCUCAUUGACUAAAUGCUAUGAUAGAGGUGUUCCUUUGCUGGAAAUACACCCAAGGCAAUACAGUAUGAACUUUCAAGGCCACCUGCUGCUGGAUCUCUGGCUGCACUUGGUAUGUGGAAACCAAAUCUCUGGAGUCUUUUCUGCUUAAAAAGCAAGACAAUGCUUAUUAGAAGUUUCUUCCUGGGCUUUUCUCUCUGGGCUGUCUUCUUGUUCCAUAAUGGCCUUUGCAUCUGUGGUUGCCCAAAUUGGAGAAGAGUUGGCAUGGAUAUUCUUCCAGAGGAUCUGAAACAAAUGGAGCUUGGAAUACAGUUUCUGUCUACUUGCCUGCCCUACCCUUUGGACCAAUUCUCUCUCUACUUUACCAACCUGGAAAUAACCAAAGGAUGGCUGGAUAUCCUGUGUAUUAGCAUCAAGGUGGUUCUUUACCUCCUGUUCUCCUUAUCUGCAUUUUACCUUUGGAUCAAAUGGAGGAGACAUCAAAGGAAUGAUGUGAUGCCCAAAGUAGUAAGUCAGACCUCCACAGUUUCGGUUGGAACAGAAUUCCAUAGUGAACACACCUCCAGUGUGGACGAAAUGCUGUGGAGAAUGGUGGCAAAUACAUCCAUGAUGCUGAAAUACCUGACGCAUGUCUGCCACCAUGAGAGGAAAGAAGCCCCACCACGGCAAUUCAAUAAAAAGAGAAAGGUGAAAGAAACCAAGGAUGAUGAAGAAAUCGUCACUACUUCUCCAUAUGACCACUGGUCCAAUGUGGAAACUGUGAUGCAGGAAAUGUAAUGGGAAGAAGGGCCCCUCCUUCUCUAAAAAUCAUAUUUUUGUGCUCUGAUAAUUAUUUUCCAUAUUCUUUACAAGGAUGUUGUUAAGAAAGUCGGUGGUAGUGCCAAGUAGAAAUCAAAGGCUGUGUGUUUGAACUGCUCAUCUAAUGAUAAGAAAUGUAGAGUUGAAUUCCGUCAUGAAAGAGUGGAGCGGGAGGAGGGGAAGCUAAAUAGCCUAAUUAAAAACAAAUAUUUGAAAACUCUGGUGAGGGUGGCUUGAAUUUGGAGCAUCAAAUAAUACUGUUUUUGGCAGGAAAGGUCCCCAUU